AGAUGCCAGCACUGAUGACUCUGAGAAAAGCAGGCCAGUCAGAGAAGCCACUAGCUGGCGCUAAAAUAAUAGGCUGUGUUCACAUCACAUCACACAUGGCUGUCCUGAUAGAGACCCUGUCUGUGCUGGGGGCCCAGUGUCGAUGGGCUGCCUGUAACAUUUACUCGAUUAAAAAUGAUGUGGCUGCAGCUCUUGCAGAAGCUGGUGUGCCAGUGUUUGCAUGGAAAGGGGAAUCUGAGGAUGAUUACUUCUGGUGUAUAGACAGAUGUGUUGAUGCAGAAGGCUGGGAACCAAACAUGAUUCUUGAUGAUGGAGGAGACAUAACAGACAGGAUCCAUAAGAAAUACCCCCAUUUGUUUAAGAACAUCAGGGGAAUAGUUGAAGAAAGUGUCACUGGGGUUCACAGAUUAUAUCAAAUGUUCAAGACUGGAAAUCUUUGUUGCCCAGCCAUAAACAUCAACGAGUCAGUGAUAAAGCAAAGGAUUAGUAACUUUCACAGCUGCAAGGAAUCUGUACUGCAUGGUUUGAAGAGGACUACAGAUGUUAGUUUGGGAGGAAAGCAGGUGGUUAUCUGUGGAUAUGGGGAGGUUGGAAAAGGCUGCUGUGCUGCUCUGAAAGGAAUGAAAGCAGUCGUGUAUGUGACAGAGAUUGACCCCAUUUGCGCUUUACAGGCCUGCAUGGAUGGUUUGCAAUUGGUCAGAUUAAAUGAUGUUGCCAGAAUUGCAGACAUCGUUAUCACCUGCACAGGAAAUAAAAAUGUGAUCACAAGGGAACACAUGAACCAAAUGAAGAAUGGCUGUAUUGUGUGCAACAUGGGUCACUCCGAUACAGAGAUUGAUGUGGUCAGUCUGAUGACACCAGAGCUGAGGUGGCAGCAUGUGAGAGAACAUGUGAAUCACAUCACCUGGCCAGACGGCAAAACCCUAGUACUGCUGGCAGAGGGUUGUGUGCUGAAUCUGAACUGCUCAGCUGUGCCAGUUUUCGUGCUGUCCAUCACAGAAACAACUCAGGCUUUGGCACUGAUUGAUUUGUUUAAUGCUCCUGAUGGACUUUACAAACAAGACAUUUAUUCAUUUCCCAAGAAAGUUGAUGAGUCUGUAGCACUUUUGCACCUCCAAAACUUCAAUGCCCACCUAACUGAACUCACAGAUGAGCAGGCAAAGUAUAUGGACAUAAAUAAGAAUGGGCCCUUCAAGCCAAACUAUUACAGGUGA